AUGGAGAGCUUCACAGAGUCGCUGAACAGGCUGAAGGACGUCCAUGAGAAGGAGGUCCUGGGACUGCAGAGCAAGCUUCUGGAGCUGAAUGCGGAGCGCUGCCGGGAUGCACAGCGGGUGGAGGAGCUUUUCACCAAGAACCACCAGCUCAGGGAGCAGCAGAAGGCGCUGAAGGAGAACCUGCGGGUACUGGAGAACAGGCUGCGGGCUGGCCUGUGCGACCGCUGCGUGGUCACCCAGGAGCUGGCUAGGAAGAAGCAGCUGGAAUUCGAGAGCUCACAUCUACAGAGCUUGCAGCGCAUCUGUGUCCUCACCAAGGAGAUGAGYGGGCUGAAGGAGGAGAACAAGAUGCUGAAGGAGGAGGUGAAGCGGCUUCAGAGCCUGCAAGACAGGCCCAUGCCCCUGGCCAAGGAGGACACCUCGGACCCCCCGUCACCCCUGCUGUUCCCCUCCCCCAGUGGCUGGAAGGCUGUCACUGAGAAGCCUCCUGGAGGCCAUGAGGAGGCUGAGGACCAGCUGGGUCCACGGGGAGAAGAAAAGUUGGUGGGCUACAGGACAUCUCCAGUAGCCAGAAUCUCCCCGGGGGCCAACCUGUCSGAGCCGCGGGCCCCAGACAUGAGCCCCCAGUGCAUCGCCAAUCAGCUGCACGCAACGGUUGCUGUGGUGCGCCCGGGGUCCCAGAGCUGCCCAGCUGAGCGGGGCGCUGCCAACGRAACACCCCCACUGCUGUCCGCCAGGAGCAACCCACCCAGUCCAACGUACAGGCACAGCCUCCCCCUGGACAGCUUCCUGCGGGCCUCCCAGUCCUCUGCCUUGACCUACGAGUCCCUGCAGCGCUCCCUUCAGGCUGACCGCCUCUGCCUUCUGAACCGCCACUUGCCCCUGCCCCUGCGGACCCCCCAUAGCAGCCCCCAGCCCCAGGGUCUGAAAGCCAGGGAGGCAGAGGCCUGGGAAGAGCCUGUGGGCCUGCUGGGCCUGCCUGGCACUCUGGUGGGCAUGCAGGACCCAAGGCUGGAGGGCGCACUGCACCUACUCCUGGCUCAGCAGCUGCGGGCACAGCGGGCGGCCAGCACCAGGCUGCGGGGCCCGGCCACACCAGAGGAGACUCCUCCUUCCCCGCCAGUUGGCUUGGACUCUGAGAUCCCUGAGAGUGAGGUGCCCGGAGCAGCUCUGGCCCCAGCAGACCUGCCUGGCAGGUGGCAAGCGGAGCCCACAGGCCCAGUCAGCCCUCGAAGCAAGGAGGUCACAGCCACUCAGGACUAUGCCCCAGACAAGCCCCUGGACCUCUCAGACCGGGGUCGGGACCGAGACGCCCCCAAGUCUACUGGUCAACCUGGGCCAUUCAGCCCUGCAGUUGCCCACACUCCCAGUCCAGAGCCACCCACCCUGUCUGGACCCCUGAUCUGCAGCCCCCAGGCACUCAGCAAUGGCACCAAGGAGACCAGAGCACCAGAGCCCAAAGAGUCCCCUACUCCCAUGGACCCUGCACACCCUCCCCCAGGGCCCCACCCCAGCCUGCCCUCUCCUGGCAGGGCAGGAGAGCUCAGCAAUGCCACCGCACAGAGGCCAGAAUCAGAUGAACGGGACGAGCCAGACACCUCAGACAAUGAGGGCCUGAGCUCCAAGGCCAGUGCUGGGCAGUGCCUGCAGGGUCUGCAGCAGAAGAGGAAGCGGGCCUCGGACCUGGAGGGCCAAGCCUCCAAGAAGCCAUCCCGAGGGAGAAGAAAGCCAAGGGAGUCCCUGACCACAGCCGAGGGUCCCAGGAGCCCAAGGGACACCAAGGGCUGCAGUCCCUCACACAGCAACAGUGGCCUGGGGGAGACCUAG